AUGAUCGGUGCCUACCUGUGGGAUGGCAACCCUCGCCCUUACGUCGAACCCUCCUGCAACUUCCAGCUUCAGAGGGUGGCCUCGGGCUCACCGUGGAUUGACGAGGAACUGGACCAGGGAGACACGUCCGACGACGCCGCAGUGGAAGGAGCGAGCGACCAGCAGAAGCCUCGAGCAAUGGAAGCCACUCUCUCGGAGCCUGACUUGUUGGCGUCAGAGGAAGUGGAUGUACUUGUGCGUGUAGUCUUAUGGAAAGCCAUCCAUGACGACGACAGUGCUGAGCCGGCGGCGAUUUUCUGCACCCACGUCAUCACGGCUGAGUUCAACGGGAGGUUCGUAGAUCGACUGUUGUGGACCUGCCGCAACUGGUUCAAACAAGUCGACAUUCCGCUGCCAAGAUCCACUUUUUGGGUGCCACUGGAGCCGAAGACUCGGAAGAAUGCCGGUCAGAAACUGAUCGCCUUCGUAAAGUUCAUGACCGUGCUUCUGUCGGACGUCCCUAGAAAUCCAGGAGCUGCAUCGAUGGGCUCGCUUCACUCCGGACACAUCGUCUCUAUGGCGGUGCUUCUGUGCGACUCCUGCAGGCUUGUAAUGAUCUCGCCUCAGCUGGACUGCGAAGCUAAGGUCGAAUGCCUCCGCACAGCACUACCUACAGCCGGCGAAGCUGCUGAACGAGGUGCCCCUGCCCGCAUGGCGGCGCUGAUGGCCUGCUUGCGGGACGCUUUCUUGUCGCCGGAUGUUCCCGAGAAAGCUCGCUUGACCCUACUCGAACUUGCAGAGCUGCGUGCUUCAGGCUGGAAACUAUCCCUGGAGCAGCAGCUUUACUACACCAGACUCAACGACGCUGCUGCAGACUGA